AUGAGGCAAGAAAAAACCAAAGAUAUAAAGCAGUACCAAAGAAUAAUGCCAGUGCUUGAACAAAGCCAAUGUUUAAAGAAGAUAGAACAAGAUCAACAGCAUAAAAGAAAAAUUGCAAUGUUUAAGGAAGAUAGUAAAGAUUAUUAUAGUAAGGAUCAAUAUAGUAAAGAUCUAUAUAAUGAAAAUCAAAAUAUUAAAGAUUUAUAUAGUAAAAAUCAAGAUAUUGAAGAUCUAUAUAGUAAAAAUCAAGAUAUUGAAGAUCUAUAUAGUGAAAAUCAAGAUAUUAAAAACCAAAAUAUUGAAGAUCAAGAUACUGAAAACUAA